AUGCGACUGAAAGACAACAACACCGCUACUGCUACAACCGCCCCAAUAAACAAAGUCGCGGGCGAACAGCGCCAACCAAGCAACUAUCCCCGGCAAUACCAGUGCAGGAAUUGCAACGGAAAAUACCCUCAUGAGCGGGGACCGACGUUUUGCCCUGCAUUUCAUACCCAGUGCACAUACUGCGGAAAGUGGGGACACUUCACCUCUGUCUGUUUCAGAAGAUUAAACGACGGAAACAGACAACGGGAAACAAAUCGUCCCCCACGAACACAGACCAAUCGACGCUCAGUGAACCGCAUUGAAAACAACCAACGGAACCCAUGUAGCAGCGGUAGUGAUACAGAAUACGUGUUCCACACAGGUAAGACGAAAAACCUUCCUUGCGUGUCUUUUGGCUAUAGCCGCCAGACGUUCAACGCACUAGCCGACUCAGGCGCCACCAUUAACGUCCUGUCUGAGGCAGACUCCAAACGUUUGAGACCAGCACCCCACCUCCGACCCACAAAAACGGUAAUAUCUGGGUUUGGUGUAAAGGAAACCACCCCAGCCGUAGGCCGAUUCAACAUACGUCUAGAAUUCAUGGGCACCGCUUGCCAGGCCGACAUAUAUGAUAAAGAGCUCAGAAAAGCCCAUCAUCGGCUGGGAUACAUGAAAAAGGCUAGGACUGCUAUCUGCACACAAACUCUCCAUCAACCAUAUCAGUGA